CACCCUCCUGCUAUCAACAGCCUUGUCCUGAUGUCGCGCAACGGCUCCAGCAGCCGCGCGGUCGACAGCCACAGCAGCCGAGUCCACGGAAGUGAUGGCAUCGAACUAUCAGUCUCAGGCACCAGCGACUCCCGCAAUUCCCAGGAGUCCAUGCGGCGCUGGGGCUCCCUGGAGUCGGCGAUCCUCGCGGCUCGCUCCAUAGCGCAAGAGGCAGAUGAGCUGCCAUCCCGAGGCACGGCUGGGGAGCCUCGAUCACCGCAGUACAGCAGCAUGCGCUUCCUCAUCGUCUCAGUGGGGAUGGUGGCCAACAACGUCCUACGUGCUUGGUGUAUCUGCUUCUUCGCCAUGCACCGGAAGUACUACGCCGUCAUUUGGCAGCUCUUCUUCGAGUUGUUGGGUUUCCUCUUGUCGGUGCAUAACACGUUCCGCGAUGCCGACGUCUUGCGGAAAGUGCGGCAGAGCCAUUGCUUGGCCAGCUGUGGCUGGGCUCUCUUUGCGCUGAUCAUCCUGGGACUGUUUCAGGUGAUUCACGUGAAGAGGGCUUGGGCGCGACAGCUGAGAAGUGCUGAAGUCUUGGAAAGCCUGGAGGAUCAGGACUACAUGUGGAUCACUCCGGUGCUGGGUGCUGAGCGUGGCUUGCCGGUGGCCAUCGUGACCAACAUCCCAGCGGUGCCCAUCAUGGUCUAUGCAUUCCUUUUGAAGCAUUGCUUUGACAUGAGUUUCUGGAGCACUCAGCCUUCCACCGACCAUUCGAGGAUUUGGUGGUGUGAGCCGAAGACCAGGCUUGAGACCUAUGUGCUGGGCUUUUCCAUCCUGUCUCAACUCUUGGUGAUCUCCUUCUCCGUGGUGGACGUGGACAUUGGCACCAGCGCCUUCUUGGCGCGGCGUUAUGACGUGAGCCGCAGCAUGCAGGGGAAGACCAUGAUGCUGAGGUUGUAUCCCUUCUUCCAUAUCUUGGGCCGCAUCAGCGAGGUCAUGGCCCGCAUCGCCAUGCUGUGCAGCUUCUUGGGCAUUGCCGCCUACAAAAUGGGCCUGCUGGGGGCCUUCACCACGUGCUUGGUGGUCUUGUUGGAUCUCGCCGUGCUCCUCAUGAUCUUGCAGAGAUACUCUCCAGAGGAUGAGUCGAUUUACAUCCACUUCGCGGUCGCCUGCGGUCUCCUGGUCGCGGACGGAGCACGCUAUGUGGACCGGCCCGGGUUCUGCUACCCGGCGCGCUGCAUCAGCCGGGCGGUGGAUCGGUGGCAUCGCCUCCAGUUCCUCCUCUUGGUCGCCCUUUUCGUGGUGCUCCAUGUGACCCUUCUCUCGGGCGAGAGGCAGCAGGAGAUGCGGUUUCUGAGAUGCUAUCCAUUGGCGUGGUCCUUGGUGAUCUCCCUGGUGGUGAGCGAAGGCCUCAAGUGCACGGCCCUCAAGGUGACGGGCGACGACCUGCACACCGCGAUGCUGAACCACCGGAUUUCCCGAGUGCGGAAGUUGCUGGAGUUCAGUUUGGGAGGCGAAGUCCUUGAUGUGAAUGGCCCGACCAAGGACUCGCAGCAGGUGACCGCCACCAUGCUGGGCGCCCAGAGUGGCUUCGUGGAGGGGCUGCGGAUGAUCAUGAGCUGCGGAGGCAAAGUAGAGGUGCGCAACUCCCAAGGAGAGACGUGCAUCCACCUCGCAGUGCGACAUGUGCAGCUCGAAGCGCUGGAGUUUCUGGUGAAUCAGCCAGGUGCCAAGCAGGUGCUCCGCACCUGCCGGGCAGAGCUCAUGAAGCUGGCGGCUGAAGCCUGUGGCCUUCCGGUGCCGCAGGGCGAAGCAGCUCCGGAUGUUGGUCACUUGACGCGGGAGAGUUCUCGUUUGAACUCGGAGGACCUUCGGCAGCUGUUUCUACUCCUGGAACCCGAUCGAGGUACGAGGAGGAAUGCAGAGGUCGCUUCGUCCGUGGUGAGCCUCCAAAACGUGAGUACGCACCUGGCGAUGAGCAGACACUUGCUGCGGCUUUUCCCCAACGCAGAUGAAGAGCAGGCCCCCGAGCUCCACGAGCUCCACAGCGUCUCCGCGCUCUUGGUGGCGCACGGCUGCGGGUCCUUGGCGCGGCUGCUGCUGCGGCGGAGGCCGCAGAUGGGCUUGGAACAAUUGAAAAAGGUCCGGACCUUGGGCCAAGGUGCGUCCGGCACGGUCAUCGAGGUCGAGUGCGAGGUGCCUUCACCGGUGCCCCGCUCCUCCUUGCGUUUGCGCUUGCAAAGCGACGGCGCUCUGAUGGAGACCAAACGCUUCGCCAUGAAGUUGCAAUCCAAGCGCAAUAUGCACAUGGAUUGGCAAGCCUACUCGGAGGUUGUAGCCCUGAGGAGGUGUGGGCAUCCUUUCAUCGUGCGCCUGGAGCAAGCCUUUCAGACGCCUCACUACUACGCUUUGCUCCUCGAGCUGUGCCCGAACGGCGACGUGAAUCAACUGCUUUGCCAAGCCAAUGAGCAGGGGCGCUACCCCGGACUGCCUCCCGAGCGUGCUGCAAGGUUGGCGGGACAGGUCUUGCUGGCCCUGGUGCAUUUGCACGAGGACUAUGGCAUCAUUUACCGAGACGUUAAGCCCAAGAACGUCCUCCUCUCCGCCCACGACGAGGCCAAGUUGGCCGACUUCGGCUUGGCCUUGUACGUGGGGAAGAAGUUCUUCAAUGCUCAGGCGAUGCCUUUGGCGGGCACUCCCAGUUUCUGGGCGCCGGAGCUGAUCAUGGGCGAAGAAGGGCCUGAGCGGGACCCCAUGCAGGACAUGGGUUUCGACCCCUUCAAGACUGAUGCGUACAGCUUCGGUGUGACUCUCCUGCUGAUGCUCUUGGGGGAGGACUGUGCCGAGGUGCAAGCGGACGAGGAUGACUGCAUGUGGAUCCUCCCUCGCAGGCUGGGAAAAGAGGUGGCAGGGAGAGGUGGGAGAGCAGUGAAGGAUCGUUGGUGGGGAAGUGUGUCUAGUCCAAUCCCAUGUUCAAAAAAUAUCCACCAGUGAAUCGUUUGGGAGCUGGAAGGGUGCAUGUUUGUUGACUACUUUUUCAUGAGGCUCCUUUUUCAAGAGCUACAAAGCCUCCCGGACUACGUGGGUAGGCCGUUAGCUUGGCUAGCUUGGCUAGCUUGCCCUGGGAAAUGUGGAAAUAGAUCCGUAUUUUGGAGAUGUGCAUUCUUCAAUGACUUGGGAAUGGAUUCCAUGGGCUUCAGUAAGCUUCAGGAAGAAUCCAGUGUUUGGACUUGGGCUGAGUGAAUUCUAUGACCAAGUCUUCCCAAGUGGGCUUCAGUGACUUGGGCUUCAGUAAGCUUCAGUGUUUGGCACUUUUCAAAGACCCUGGAAGGACAGUGUCACCGCCUUUUUGUUCGCUGCACAAAGACACGCAAUGUGGCAACAGGGCCGUGGCUCAAACCAACUGGGUACCCAAAGAGGUACAGGGUGAAUGC